AUGUAUAGGCCUUACCACAUAAUCACAAUUUGCAUAUUAAAUAUCCAUAGUGCAGUUGAUUUUUCAGCAUGUUUCAUAGGAAAAUUGUCAAAAUAUUCAACUUAUGCCAAACACAUCGAUAAAUGUUGUUUAAAGCGAGAGGAAUCUUUACCUGUUACAGAAACUAUCAUUUCUGGAGUACAACCCUCAGGGAAACUCCAUUUGGGCAAUUAUUUUGGUUGUAUUUAUCCGUGUUUGAAGGCACAGGAAAAUCGCAAAAAAAUUAACUUCAUGAUAGCCAAUCUACACUCCAUUACCAGCGCUAAAAAUCUCCUGGAAAUUGCCCAGAAUUCAGACGUAUUGAGCAUAAGCAAACAGGCACUAGCAAUAAGUCUGGCAUGUGGUCUAAAUCCAUCAGAAGGCACUCGAUUUUUUUACCAAUCGCAAAUAGCCAAUAUAUUGAAAUUGAACUGGAUCAUAGCAUGUCUAGUCUCAGCAAAUAAGAUACAGGGGCUUUUGCGUCUAAGGAAUGCAAAAUUCAUAUCGUUAGGAUUAGUGUGUUAUCCAGUCCUAAUGUCAUCUGAUAUAUUGAGUAUAAGGGCCACCAAAGUUAUUGCCAAUAAGGAUCAAACCCCUCAUGUUGAAUUAGCAAGAUUUAUCGCCAAAAAGUUGAAUUCAUUUUUGGGUAAAGAAUUUUUUCCACUAACCGAAAUAGAUACUUCAGAAUCGAGCAGCAUCAUGUCCCUAUCUAAGCCUACGGAAAAAAUGUCGAAAUGCGAAACAGAUGAGCAUUCCAGAAUUGAUUUACUAGAUCCACCUGAAGUGGUUUUUAGUAAGAUUAGAGACUCGGUCACUGAUUCUGUGAGAGGGUUGUCAAUUGAACCGGAAAAGCGACCGGGUGUCACAAAUCUGAUUAGAAUUUACAGCAAAUGUAGUGGUAUAGCACAGGAUACGGCAAUUCGUGACUUUUCCGAUGCGGGAUUCAUCGAAUUCAAGCGCUCAGUUGCAGAAGUAGUUAUUGAGUUCCUAAGACCAAUUCAGCAAAGAUACAAUGAAAUUAUUAAGGAUAGUCAAUAUUUGGAUAAGGUAGCUAAUGAUGGGGUGGAGCACAUAAAUUCAAUUUCUGAUGAAGUGAUCAAAGUUUUCGAUUGGUUGUUCUAA